AUGGCUCCUCCACGGACACGACGGGCGCGAUGGCUGGCCAUUGCGGUGUGCAUAGCCAUCGUCUUCCUCCUGUACGAGCGGAGUGCACUGGAGAACGUCUCGUACCCCGACUACUUGAACGUCGGCGGCGGAUCCGUUCUGAGAGGCGGCGACAUCACGGGAAAGUUCCACGAUCCGGAUGCUCCCCUCUCACAGUCGCCUCACCGUGAGCCGAGUAUCGCAGACACUUCGAUCGAACCGGAAGAGAAGACUGAGGUCAAGCUUCCUGAAGAGCCGAAGCUCGAGACUCCGACUGUGCCGGAACGUCCAGCUGUCACAGAAGAGAAGCAUCUGCCUGCACUACCCACUCUACAGACAGAAAAGCCCGCCGUACCUCAAUCCUCGGGAUCAGACAAUGCGGGACCUCACGACGAUCUCAACAACCGAAUCGAUCCUCUCUACAAACCACCACGACCAGCCACAACCUCUUCCGCACCGCCCAUCCACUGGAGCAAACAACCCGAAAAGUACCCCAUCACCUCCACCCGCAAACUCCCCACCGGCACACCGAAACCAAUACCUCGCAUUCAACACUCCAAACCCUCGCCCGCCGAUCCCUCCCGCCUCGCAGCCGUCAAGAAAGCCGCUCAACACGCGUGGAAAGGAUACCGCACUCACGGCUGGGGUUUCGACGAAGUCAGACCAGUUUCCGGCCAGGGCAAGAACUCGUUCAAUGGCUGGGGCGCCACACUCGUGGACUCAUUGGACACACUAUGGAUCAUGGGCAUGAAAGACGAGUUCGAAGAGGCGGUCAACCAAACGGCGAAUAUCGACUUCACGACCUCCUCAAGAGAUGACAUACCGUUGUUCGAAGUCACGAUCAGAUAUCUCGGAGGAUUGAUCGCGGCGUACGAUGUGAGCGGGAGGAAAUAUCAAGUCUUGAUGGACAAAGCGCUGGAAUUGGGAGAGAUUUUGUACAGCGCGUUUGACACGAAUAAUCGCAUGCCGGAGACUUAUUACAAGUGGAAACCGCCGAGUGCGCAGAAAAAGACAUACCCGAGCGGAGAAGGGCGACAUCGUGUCGUGUUGGCGGAGUUGGGCACGCUGAGUCUGGAAUUCACGAGGUUGGCGCAGUUGUCCGGGGAGGAUAAGUUUUAUGAUGCGAUUGCGAGGAUUACGGAUGCGUUUGAGGAGAUGCAGAUGAGGACGAGGUUGCCCGGUAUGUGGCCGAUUUCGGUGGAUGCGAGUGGGUGUGGGAAGGAGAUGGGGGUGGCGGCGAGUCGGAAGGAGACGGGGGUGGUGGGGAAUAGGAAGGGUCGGAACCCACCUGGGAAGGCUGCGGAAGAUGCUGCGGCGAAGGCGAGUGGUGCUUUGGACGCGGCGAAGGAGAAGAUUGAUCAGCCGCCGGUGGAUCCUCCUAUCAAGCAGAGCACCGACGACACCAUCGGGCCGGAAGUCGAGCUCACAAAGGAGCCCGAUGCAAAGGCACUAGCUGAGGCGGAGAAGAAGCUGUUGAACUCACAAAACCACGACGCACACAUGGACGCUGCUAUGGAGAAGAUGGACAAGAACGUCGCAAACCCCAUGCCUCACACUGGCAAGCAAACCGAUCUGCGGAACCCUUCCGAGCUAACACCAAACGACAACGAACUCACCAAGAGGCACGCAAAGAGGGCAGCAAUCGAGCCCGAUGCAGCGGCAUUGAAAGCAGCCGAGAAGAUUCUCAAGGACUCGAUGGACCCGCAAGCCAAUAUGGACAAGGCCAUGCAAGCCAUGGACAAGAACGUCGCAAAUCCUAUGGCGCACACGGGUGAACAGCAGGACUUGCGCGCACAGUCCGCCUAUCAAGACGAGGAAAGAACGGGCAACAAGAAUGUCAAGAGGGAGGCAGAGGAGGCUUAUAUUCCCGAUGCGGCGGCGUUGGCGGCGGCUGAGAAGAUCUUGAAGGACUCGAUGGAUUCCGAGGCGCAUAUGGAUGAGGCGAUGGAGAAGAUGGAUAAGAAUGUUGCGAAUCCGAUGGCGCAUACGGGGAAGCAGAGUGAUUUGCGUGCGCAGCCUGCGUAUAUGGAUCAGGAGAGGUCGAGCAACAAGAAUGUCAAGAGGGAGGAUGGUGGUUUCGUCCCGACUGAGCCGGACGCUGCGGCGUUGGCGAAAGCCGAGAAAAUUUUGAAAGAUUCGCAGGACCCGGAAGCGCAUAUGGAUGCUGCCAUGGAGAAGAUGGACAAAAAUGUCGCGAACCCGAUGGCGCAUACUGGCAAGCAGAGUGACCUGAGAAACCCGUCUGAACAUGCGCCGCAAGGGUCGAAGCCUCAAGGCGGAACCUACACUCCAGACUCCAUCGGCCUCCACCCCGGCGACGCACCAUACAAAGCUGGCAUGGGCGCCGCCUACCUCGAGCAGCAAACCGCCUCCCACUCCGACGACAAUCGCGCCCUUAAAAACGCCUACCAUCCCGCGGAUGAACUCCCCAUGUUCGUCGAAGACCUCCCCCCAGAAGAAGAAACCUGCAUCCCUCAAGGCCUCGAGACCCCCUCCCUGCACGGUACAGAAGUCUACACCCUCGGCGGUCAAUCGGACAGUGUAUACGAAUACUUUCCGAAAGAGUACCUCCUCCUCGGCGGACAGGUCGAACAGUACAAAACGAUGUAUUUGGCCAGCACGAAACCCAUCAUCGACAAACUCCUCUUCCGUCCCAUGACGCCCGAUAACUUGGACAUCCUCAUUGCAGGGGAACUGACUGUCUCUAUCAAUUACACCACCGAGCUGCCCUACGAUGAACUCACCCCAAAGAACGAACAUCUGACGUGUUUCGCGGGUGGUAUGCUGGCCAUGGGCGGGCGUAUCUUCAACGAACCUUCCCACAUUGAACUUGGGAGGAAAGUGACAGAAGGAUGCGUGUGGGGGUAUAAUGCGACGCAGACGGGCAUUAUGCCGGAGGGACUGCAUGUCAUGGCGUGCGAGGAUGUGAAGGACUGCAAGUGGAAUGAGACGAAGUGGCAUGAUGAGUUGGAUCCGUAUAGGAGUUAUCGGGAAGAGCAGAGGAAGCAGUUUUUUGAGAAGUAUCCGGAUUAUGUGGAGGCCACGACGGAUGGAGUGGCGAUGGAGAGGGAUGCGUUCAAGCCGAAGGAGGGGUUGAAGGCGAAGACGGUUGAGGUGAAGCCGAAGCCUGUGGAGGAGGAUCCGUUCAACGCGAAGGCGAAGAGGCAGCUGGACGACGAGGAACUAGGUCUCGAGGAAACACCCGCCGGUCCUGAAGAAGCGCCCGCCGUCCUUGGCCCAGUGGAAGACACCAUCCCCGACGCCCUUCCCCCCUCCUCCACCGAGCCUCUCCCCCCUCUUUCCUCCCUAUCCCUCAAACCCACGGAAACCACCGACAAAGAAACUUACUCCUACCCAGUCUACACCCCCACACCACCCAAAACCCACGAGCAAUUCAUCCAGUCAAAACUCACCUCCGAACGCCUCCCCCGCGGCUUCACCUCCCUAGAACGAAAAUACAUCCUCCGCCCCGAAGCCAUCGAGUCCGUCUGGUACAUGUUCCGCAUCACCGGCGAUCAACACUGGCGAGACGUAGGCUGGCAAAUGUUCCAGAGCAUCGAGAAAGCGACGAAAGCGAAGUGGGGACAUAGUUCGAUUUCGGAUGUCACCCGGACGGGGAAGAGAGAGGCGGAUGAGGAUGGGGAAGAAGUGUGGAUCGAGGGUUUCGGCCAGACGGAUCAGAUGGAAAGUUUCUGGUUGGCGGAGACGUUGAAGUAUUUCUAUCUGUUGUUUGAAGAGAGUGAGAGGUGGGGAUUGGAUGAGUGGGUGUUGAAUACUGAGGCGCAUUUUUUUAGGAGGCCGGAUGCGGGGAGGUGGGAUGGGGAGAAGGUGGUGAAGUAG